AUGUUGCCAAGCCCUGCCUUUUAAAUUCCAAACAGAUAAACACGGUUUGAUCUUUCAAUUGGUCAGCUAUAUAUAAGGCUUAACGUCGCGAGGAUAUUCGUAGUGUUCUGAGCAUUUCAACAUGAAGGUAUUACUCGUAUUAGCUGUCUGCGUCUUCGCCGUUCAGGCCCUGACUGAUGAGCAAAAGGAGAAACUCAAGAAGCAUAGAUCAGAAUGUCUGGUGGAAACCAAGGCGGACGAACAGCUUGUCAAUAAACUCAAAACUGGUGACUUUAAGACUGAGACAGAGCCAUUGAAGAAAUACGCGCUGUGUAUGCUGAUCAAAUCUGAGCUGAUGACAAAGGAUGGAAAGUUCAAGAAGGAUGUGGCUCUUGCCAAGGUUCCCAAUGAAGCAAACAAACCAGCCGUUGAGAAGCUGAUUGAUGCCUGCUUAGCCAACAAGGGCAACACACCACAGCAGACAGCCUGGAACUACGUCAAGUGCUACCAUGAGAAGGACAGCAAACACUCCGUCUUCCAGUAAACCCAGCAACCACCCAGUAGACUCUGCUAGCUCACCCAGUUAACUAAGUUCACCGGCUACGAAUUUAUUGUGCAGAAUAAAGAAUAUUAUAACUAA